UCCGAGUCCACAGUCGUAGCUCUGCCUCUCUGGGUUGCGGGUGCGUAAAACUGCGCGCAGGAGUACGUUCAUCAUUCAGGCAUCUCAUAACGGCAAUGAAAUUCAUACAGUAAACGUGAAGACAUACGCAGCCCAACAUGACGGUGGAUUUUGAAGAAUGCAUCAAAGAUUCACCCAGAUUCAGGGCAAACAUCGAUGAAGUGGAAACAGAAGUUGUCGAAAUUGAAGCUAAGCUAGACAAGCUGGUGAAGCUAUGCAGUGGGAUGAUCGAGGCUGGCAAGGCAUAUGUCACUGCCAACAAGCUCUUUGUCAACGGGAUCCGAGACCUUUCCCAGCAAUGCAAGAAGGACGAAAUGAUCUCGGAGUGUCUGGAGAAGUUUGGCGAGAGUCUUCAGGAGAUUGUCAACUAUCACAUGAUCCUGUUUGACCAAGCCCAGAGAUCUGUGAAGCAGCAAUUGCACAAUUUUGUGAAGGAAGAUGUGCGUAAGUUCAAGGAAACUAAGAAGCAUUUUGACCGUGUGCGUGAGGACAUGGAGAUAGCGCAGGUGAAGAACGCUCAGGCGCCGCGGAACAAGCCUCACGAGGUGGAGGAGGCCACCAGCUCCCUCUCUGUCACCAGGAAGUGCUUCAGGCACCUGGCACUCGACUACGUCCUGCAGAUCAAUGUACUUCAAGCAAAGAAGAAAUUUGAAAUCUUGGAUGCGAUGUUAUCCUUCAUGCAUGCCCAGUACUCGCUCUUCCAUCAAGGCUAUAACCUGCUUGAUGAGAUCGAUCCCUAUAUGAAGAAGCUGGCCGCUGAGCUGGACCAGCUGGUGAUUGACUCGGCGAUGGAGAAGAGAGACAUGGAACACAAGCACGCGACCAUUCAGCAACGGACUCUACUACAGGACUUCUCUUACGACGACUCUAAGAUAGAAUUCAAUGUGGACGCCCCAAAUGGAGUGGUGAUGGAGGGCUACCUGUUCAAGAGAGCAAGCAACGCCUUCAAAACGUGGAACAGGCGCUGGUUCUCUAUACAGAACAAUCAGCUGGUCUAUCAGAAGAAGCUAAAGGACUCUUUGACUGUGGUGGUGGAGGACCUGAGACUGUGCUCUGUGAAGCCUUGUGAGGACAUCGAGAGGAGGUUCUGCUUUGAAGUCGUCUCCCCCACCAAGAGCUGUAUGCUGCAGGCUGAGUCCGAGAAGCUUCGUCUGUCAUGGAUCCAAGCCGUGCAAGCUAGCAUCGCCUCAGCCUACCGGGAAAGUCCAGACAACUACUACAUUGAGCACUUGGACCGGACGGCCUCUCCCUCCACAAGCAGCAUAGACUCGGCCAGCGAGCCUCGUGAGCGCAGCGUGAGAGGGGAGAGCAUCCUGCAAAGGAUCCAGUCUCUCCCGGGGAACGAGGUGUGCUGCGACUGCGGCCAGGCCGACCCACGCUGGGCCAGCAUCAACUUCGGCAUCCUGCUCUGCAUAGAGUGCUCCGGCAUACACAGGAGUCUAGGGGUGCACUGCUCAAAGGUUCGUUCUCUAACGCUGGACACAUGGGAACCAGAGCUACUGAAGCUCAUGUGUGAACUUGGGAACAGCAUCAUCAACCACAUCUAUGAAGGCACACAUGUAGAACAGGGUUUACGGAAGCCAGGACCAAACAGCUCAAGGCAGGAGAAGGAGACUUGGAUCAAAGCCAAGUACGUGGAGAAGAAAUUCCUGAAGAAAAUGGUGGCCAGCGAGGUGCUGAUCAACGCCAACCGCAAGUCGGAGCACCGCUGGAGCGUGAAGAAGUGCCGGCGCCACCACAGCGCCACCACGGUGCCCAAAACGCGGCGGAAAUACCGGCAAGACCGCGGGAUCACCUCCCCUGCCACCCUCUCCACAGCCACUGCCGCCCUUGAGAGGAAGUUCCAGCGUGACUCUCUCUUCUGCCCUGACGAGCUGGACUCCCUAUUCUCCUACUUUGACACAGGCUCUGGACCCCGCAGUCCGGCAGGUCUGAGCAGCGACAGUGGACUGGGUGGCAGCACGGACGGCAGUACAGACAUCCUGGUAUUCGGCUCAGUGGUGGACAGCGUUACGGAAGAAUGUGAGGUGUCAGAGGACUCGAGUGGAGAGGCAGAGCUGGAGACAGAGACAGACAGGGACGUGUCAGACCCGGAGGACGUGCGGGGGCCGGGGGUGGAGCUGAGUCCCAGGACUCUCCUCUACAAGGUGUCCCGCGCCCGCAACCUACCCGUUAUGGCCGAAGCUCUGGCCCACGGUGCCGACGUCAACUCCUCCAACGAAGAAGACGAGGGCAAGACGCCCCUCAUCCAGGCCGUCAUCGGAGGCUCGUUGAUAGCCUGUGAGUUCCUGCUCCAGAACGGCGCGGAUGUCAACCAGAGAGAUGCUAAGGGCAGAGGGCCCCUGCACCACGCCACAUAUCUGGGCCACACGGGGCAGGUGUGCUUGUUCCUGAAGAGAGGUGCGACACAACAUGACGGUGACGAGGAUGGAAACGACCCCUUGAGCAUCGCGGUGCAGGCGGCCAACGCCGACAUUGUCACUCUGUUGCGACUGGCCCGGAUGAACGAGGAGAUGCGCGAGUCGGAGGGUCCGUUUGGUCAGCCAGGAGACACCACGUACCUGGACAUCUUCAGAGAGUUCUCCCACAUGGCCUCUCAUAAUCCGGAAAAGCUGAAACGUCGAAGUGUACACUUCCGUCACUCCUUUAGGUAG